CUUUCGCAUCGACCGACCUAGUCCCAUCGUCGCCAAGUCAAUAAUGCCAUCGAUAUAAUCUUUCACAUCUCCUCGCUCGUCUCCCUCAUGCUCGGUGGUUGAUCCGAGGAUGAUCCUCACGAACGACUCGAAAUUAUUAUAAUAACACUGUAUCGACUGUUAUCAAACAUCAGGAUACCUCGCCUUUCGACAUCUUUGCUUCUCGUCAUAAUACAAACAACUCGAUCUAGGAUCUCUCUCGAACAUAUACCUCGACAUAUCGACAUCGAUAUCAAUUGUCACUCGGCCAAAUACUCGAAUCAAGAUAUUCACCAUGUCCGACUCACUAGCCACCACCUCGGCAACCUUCCCCCACACUUCAGACCUCUCACCAAUUUCGUUAGAAAAGGUCGAAGAUCUCGACGAAGGACCACCGCCGCUCUCGAAAGCGAGACGAAUCGGACUCCUAUCCAUCUUCUGUUGUGCCCAAUUCGUAGAUGUAUAUAAUGCCAGCGCUGUCGUCCUAGCCACCGCACCCAUCGCACAAGACCUGAGUAUGGGCGCGGGGGAGAGCGUAUGGACGUUGAGCGCGUAUGUGUUGGUGUUCGCUUCGUUCAUGUUGCCGAUGGGCAAGCUCGCGGAUAUCUGGUCUGCCAAAGCGGUCUUCACGAUCGGGCUCGUCUGGGUCGGAGCGUUUUCUAUUGGGAUCGCGGUGGCGCAGGACAAGAUCGUCUUGUUCGUCCUCAGAGCUUUUGCUGGGUUAGGUGCCGCCGCCUCGAUCCCAGCCGCCCUCAACCUGAUCGUCCACAUCUUCCCAGGAGAGAUCGAACAACACGUCGCACUCGCCUGUUUCGGCGGGGCCGGCGAACUAGCCAACGUCUCCGGUUUCAUCCUCGGUGGUGUCCUCCUCCUGGCAAGCUGGCGUUGGGUCUUUUGGUUACUCCCCAUUGUGUGUUUCCCUAUGGCGUUGGGUACGUUCUUCUUGAUCCCUUCGAGGAAACAUUUGAAGAUGUACCAGCUCGCCGGGCUGAGAAGGGAGAUUUUGGAAGGGUCGGAGAGGGCGGAAAAGAUCUUGAAAGCGCUGGAGGCGUCGGAGAUGAGCAACAAGUUUGAUUACGUGGGGACGUUCUUGAUCGUCGCUGCGGCCGUGCUGUCGAUCUUUGGGUUGACGGAUGGUGGCGAGAGCGCCGGAUGGGCCCGAGCUCAACCGAUCGUCUGCCUCGUCAUCGGGCUCAUCCUCUUUCCCCUGUUCUUCCUAUGGGAACGUAGAGUCGAUCAACGGGUCGCCCUGAUCCCCAGCUCGAUCUGGCGUAUUCAGAACGUGACCAUCUUGGUCGUCGUCAGCUUGGUCCCUUACUUUUGGUGGUACGGCAUACAAUACAACUUUGCCAACAUUAUGCAGGAGGAUUGGGGCGUUUCACCGAUCAUGACCGCUGUUCGAUUCCUUCCAAUCAGUAUCGGCGGAGGGAUCAUGUUCAUCGCCAUAGGCUACCUCCCCCCAUCGUUUGUCCCGCUCAAGAUCAGGAUGAUCGUCGGCGCCCUCAUUGCGGCCGUCGGGACUCUCUUGUUCGUUUUCGCCGAGGGGUCGAGUUGGUACUGGAAGUUGGUCGCCCCUGGGAUGUUUAUCGGCAGUUUCGGUAUGGCAAUCGUCUUCCUCACCGCAAACAACAGCAUCCUCAUGUCCGUCCCUCCCGAAUACGCCGGCGUGGUCGGAGGGAUCUUCAACGCCUGCCUCCAGUUCGGCGCCUGUACCGGUCUAGCCAUUCUCGGGAGCAUCAAGUCGCAGUUCGAGGAUCAUUCGCCGUCGUCGUCGUCUUCCGGGGGCAGCGCUCACGGUGCCAUUCUCUGGGAAGGGUACAGGGCGUCGUUCAUCUUCAUGACGGUUCUGUGCGUGGUCUUGGCGGGGAUCUCGGCGGUCUGGUUCAAGAACCCGCUGGUCCGUGUGGACGCGAAGGAGAAGGGCGAUGUGGCGGAUGUGGAGGGACCGAGGUCGUGACAGUAGACACAUUAUAGAGAUGGCCGCGAAGGAUAGCACAAGCAGAUGACGGGGAAUAACGACGAACGGCUUAGAUUACAAUUCCAGUCUACUGUAUCUAUACAUUGUACUAUACCUCACUCCCUCACAUUUCGAUUUAUAAUGAUCAAAUAGGAACCAUAUCGGUCCUAAGGGAACU